AAAACGACACUUCCCCAAAGCCCAAAGUCAAGCUUUUCGCUAUUUUAUAGAAAUAGUACUUAUUGAAUCAACACUUGUACCAUUUCCCUGUUUUCUUCUUCUUCUUCUUCUUCUCUCUGCAUUCUGAUCUCCUUUCUCUCUUUACAUACAAUUUUCUUCCAUUCAAACUUCACACACACAGUUACUUUCUCUCUCGCAGUGCAUGUGUGUGAUAAUCUUCGGUGCUUCUUGAAUUCGUCGGAUUCUGACGUCAUCACCGUUUUUACGGUCACCGGAUUUGUCUUCUAGUGGUUUUGAAUUUUUCUGUUUGGAAAUUUUGCUGUUAUAUCUCAUCGGAAAUUGCUGGGAGUUUUUAGGAGGUUUAUUACAAUUUGGUUAAAUUCAAUUUUAAGGUUACUGCACAAUUGCUUUGGGGCUGAAAGUUUCAAGCAUAGAUUUCAAAUUCCAGCAGUGCGUGUUUAACAACAUAGACCAAAUUUUACUUUAUAAUCAUGCCAUCAAGAUCUUGUGCUAAUCUUUUGGACAUGGCAUCUGGAGAUAUACUAGAUAUACCUCAGACACCUAGAGCUCUUCCACGUGUGAUGACAGUUCCUGGAAUCAUCGCAGAUGGUGAUUCAGAUAGUAUGUCAUCCUCAUGUCGAGAGCGAAAAAUUGUUGUAGCAAACAUGCUGCCUUUGCAUGCUCAAAGGGAUAUAACAGCUAAAAAUUGGUUAUUCAGUUGGGAUGAGGAUUCUCUUUUAUUGCAAUUGAAGGACGGGUUUUCUCCUGAAACUGAGGUUGUCUAUGUUGGUUCUCUGAAGGUUGAUGUGGAACAUUGUGAACAGGAGGAAGUUGCUCAGCGACUUCUUGAUGAGUUCAAGUGUGUGCCUACUUUUGUACCCCAUGAUAUCCAGGAAAAGUUUUAUCACGGCUUCUGUAAGCAGCAACUUUGGCCUCUUUUCCACUACAUGCUUCCAAUGUGUCCUGAUCAUGGAGAUCGUUUUGACCGGCAGAUGUGGCAAGCUUAUGUCUCUGCAAAUAAGGUUUUCGCUGAUAAGGUUAUGGAAGUGGUUAAUCCUGAUGAUGAUUAUAUCUGGAUUCAAGAUUACCACCUCAUGGUUCUACCGACAUUUUUGAGGAAGCGCUACCAUCGUGUCAAGAUAGGCUUCUUUCUUCAUAGCCCAUUUCCUUCGUCAGAAAUUUACCGAACUCUGCCUGUUAGGGAUGAAAUUCUCAAAGGGUUGUUAAAUUGUGACCUAAUUGGCUUUCAUACAUUCGAUUAUGCACGUCACUUUCUGUCAUGCUGCAGUCGAAUGUUGGGUUUAGAUUAUGAAUCUAAACGAGGACAUAUUGGACUUGAUUACUUUGGUCGUACAGUUUACAUUAAAAUUCUGCCUGUAGGCAUACAUAUGGGUCGACUAGAGUCCGUGAUGAAUUUGUCUUCUACUUUUGAUAAAGCUAAAGAAGUUCAAGAACAGUUCAAGGGGAAGAAGGUAAUUCUGGGUGUGGAUGAUAUGGACAUCUUUAAAGGCAUUAGUUUGAAAUUGCUAGCAUUUGAGUACCUACUACAGCAGGACCAGAACUUGCAGGGGAAACUUGUUCUUGUUCAAAUAGUAAAUCCUGCUCGUAGCUCGGGCAAAGAUGUUCAGGAAGCAAAGAGGGAGACAUACUCAACUGCUGAAAGGAUCAACAAAAUUUACGGUAGAUCUAAUUAUGAGCCUGUAAUUUUGAUUGAUCGUCCGGUUCCUCGCUAUGAGAAGACUGCAUACUAUGCUGUUGCUGAAUGCUGCCUAGUGAAUGCUGUAAGGGAUGGAAUGAAUUUAGUGCCUUACAAGUAUAUUGUUUGCAGGCAAGGUUCUCCUGGUAUGGAUGAUGCUAUGGGUAUUAAAACUGAUUCUCCUAGAACUAGCAUGCUUGUUGUGUCAGAAUUUAUUGGUUGUUCCCCAUCUCUGAGUGGAGCAAUUAGGGUAAAUCCAUGGGAUAUUGAAGCUGUUGCUGAGGCUUUAAAUGUGGCCAUUACAAUGUCUGAUUCCGAGAAACAACUUCGUCAUGAGAAGCACUACCGCUAUGUAAGCUCUCAUGAUGUAGCUUACUGGGCUCGUAGCUUUAUGCAGGAUUUGGAAAGAGCUUGCAAAGAUCAUUACAGUAAGCGUUGCUGGGGCAUUGGUUUGGGCCUGGGCUUCAGAGUUAUUGCACUUUCUCCGAAUUUUAGAAAGCUGUCUAUUGAUCACAUCGUCUCCUCAUAUAGGAGGACACAGAGAAGGGCAAUAUUCUUGGACUAUGAUGGCACUGUUGUACCUCAGUCAUCAUUGAUUAAAGCUCCAAGUGCUGAAGUUAUUACACUGUUGAAUUCUUUAAGCAAUGAUCCUAAAAACACCGUGUAUAUUGUUAGUGGCAGAGGAAGAAAGUCAUUAAGUGAAUGGCUUGCACCGUGUGAAAGACUCGGAAUAGCUGCUGAACAUGGGUAUUUCAUUAGGAGUAGUAAAACGUCUGAUUGGGAAUGUUUGGCUUCUGAUCUUGAGUGGAAACCAAUUGUGGAACCUGUGAUGAAACUUUACACAGAAACAACUGAUGGAUCAUAUAUUGAACCUAAAGAGAGUGCUUUGGUGUGGCACCAUCAGGAUGCAGACCCAGACUUUGGCUCCUGUCAGGCAAAGGAAUUGUUGGAUCAUUUGGAAAAUGUACUUUCAAAUGAACCUGCAGUUGUUAAGAGGGGCCAACAUAUUGUCGAAGUCAAGCCACAAGGGUGUGCUAAAGGAUUAGUGGCACAAAAGGUCCUCUCAAUGAUGGUAGAUAGUGGGACUCCACCUGAUUUUGUUAUGUGCAUUGGAGACGAUAGAUCAGAUGAGGACAUGUUUGAAAGCAUAUUAAGCAGUGUGUCCAGCAGUUCUUCAAUCACUGCUGCCCCAGAUAUCUUUGCCUGCACUGUUGGGCAAAAGCCAAGCAAAGCCAAGUAUUACCUAGAUGAUACUGCUGAUGUUCUUAGACUGCUUCAAGGUCUUGGUAAUGCGUCCUGUCCAAAGCCAAGACAUACUGCUCAUUUCCAGGUUGCGUUUGAUUCUGUUCUGUAAGAAGGCAAAGUAGUUGGUCGGGCAUGUACAUGGUUCUACUUUUGGGGUUUAUCUUUUACCGAUGAAGAGUAUAUCCUUACAUCAAUCUUAACUUAAUGUGAUGCAUGAUUGGACUCAGGACCGACUGUUUCCAGGUUAUGCUGCAUUCAGGGCUUGAAAUUCCCAUGUUGACUGCUUUUUCUGUAGAUUUCAUCGUCGGGGAAAAACUUUGCUUAGAAUUUCAGUUUUGCCGUAGUCAUAUGAUGGCUGCCCUGAAUGAUUAACAAACACCAUUGCGUUGUAUAGAUACAUUUAUCUGUUUAGCUUAAUGACAGUAUGGUUUAAAGUUUUACCUCAGUGGAAGCUACUAACGAUGCUUGAUGCCGUUUUGUGCCAAAUGAGUUCGCUUGAACAUGUACAUAGUACUAGAUUUUUCUGGAACGUGCUAUCGAAAUGUUAUUACUUCAAUUGUUCUGCUU